UUCGAGUUACGCCCGGGGACUGCGCCGCUCGACGGUAUCCUGUCCCUGAGUUCGGAAAGCGGAGGCGGAGGCGGCCCGCGGAAGGGAAUUCAACUGCACAGCGUAGUCCUGAAGACUGUUUUGGCACCAGGAAGUGCAACAAUGAAGCUCUUGGAAAACUCCAGUUUUGAAGCCAUCAACUCCCAGCUGACAGUGGAAACUGGAGACGCGCACAUUAUUGGCAGGAUUGAGAGUUACUCGUGCAAGAUGGCUGGGGAUGACAAGCACCUCUUCAAGCAGUUUUGCCAGGAGGGUCAGCCACAUGUCCUGGAGGCUCUGUCACCACCCCAGACCACAGGCAUCAGCCCUAACCGGCUCAGCAAGAGCCAGAGUGGUGAUGAAGAAGGCCCCCUCAGUGACAAAUGCAGCCGCAAGACCCUCUUCUACCUGAUAGCAACCCUCAAUGAGUCUUUCCGGCCUGACUACGAUUUCAGUGCUGCAAAGAGCCACGAGUUUAGCCGGGAGCCGAGUCUCAACUGGGUGGUGAAUGCUGUGAACUGCAGCCUCUUUUCUGCCGUCCGGGAAGAUUUCACUGCCCUGAAGCCUCACCUGUGGGAUGCGGUGGACCAGGAGAUCUGCCUCUCUGAGUGCGAUAUCUACAGCUACAACCCAGAUCUGGAUUCGGACCCCUUUGGAGAGGAGGGCAGCCUGUGGUCGUUCAACUACUUCUUCUACAACAAGCGCCUGAAGCGGAUUGUCUUCUUCACUUGCCGCUCCAUCAGCGGCUCCACCUACCCUCACCCCGAGGCUGGGAAUGAGCUGAACAUGGACCUCAGUGAGGACGAUGCAGAGGAGACGGCGGGCAGCUGCGACAAGGACAGGGGCGGCCUUGAGGCGGACAAGAGACAGGUGGUCUGCAUGUGAUCCCUGGGCCGGGGGGCAUCUCCCACAAAGGACAGCUCUGCCAGCUCUUUCCCUAAACAACUUGGCCUUGUUGCUGCUCUGCCUGCCCUGUGGAUGCUGCGUGGGUGGUUGGCGCCUCCAGAUGCCCAGGAUGGUGCAGCCAGCCCUCUGCCAGCCCGCCCGCCUGCCCGCUCUGCCUUCAGGGAUAGGAUUCUUGCCCGGCAGCACCUCGGGACGCUCCGUCUUUCCUGCUGUGCCUGGGGGACAGGACCUCUGCUCCAACAUGGAUGAUGGCACAGCGGCCUCGGGGAGGCCGGACCGGCUGCUGUUCCCGAUGGCCCCUUUUAUACUUUGGAUCCUGGAACGUGUAAAGAAGUAGAAGCUGGAUUAAUGGGGGGAGGACAGACUCUCUCCUCCCCCCCUGUUUUUUAAGCCCCCCCCAAGACAUUUGGCAUCCAGUAGCUGAAUGCUGGACUGGCUGAAGGGAGGGUUCCAGCAUUUGGGCACUGUGGCUCUCUUGCUUUCCCCAAGGGCUCCUAGAGAUUUUAUUUUUGUAUUCCUGCCAAGCGUCUGCUUGCGCCUGAGCCCCUCCCCAGCACUUUCCCCGGUUGCAGCAGCAGCCCUCCCC